AUGUAUGCUACUAUAAAUCAUAACUCACCAUCACAAAGUAUUCCUUCGAUGACUGGUAAAUUCAGUACAUUUGGUAAUGUUUCUGAUUCAUCAUCACCACUAUCUUAUGCUUCAAUUCCAAUAAAUGAUACAAAAAUUUCUAUGUCUAAUGAAAAUAAUAAUAUUAAUCCUAUUUCAAGGAUUGAAAAAUCUAUCCUUCGUUGGCGAUCAAAACACGAUGAACAUAAAGAACAAUAUAGAGAAGCAGCGGCGCAGUAUAUUAAUGAAAGUCGUAAAGAUGUUCAACGUCAGCAUUAUAAAUACCUGGAAGAUAUGAUUAGGAAACAUCAAGAAUUUGUAGUAAUAAGGCCAGAAGAUGUUUCCAAAAACAACCUUUCAAAUUCUCAAUAUAAAUGGAUGAAUAAUCAAAAACGUAAUUAUUAUACUAAUAUGUCUUUCAAUUCUCAGGGACCUUCAUAUUAUCAGCCAAAUCAUUCUUUAAAUACUAAUGUAAAUAAUGUAUCACAGAAUUACUAUAAUUAUCCAGAUUCAAAUGUAUAUUUUAAUUAUCCUGAAUCAAAUGUUUAUCCAAAUUAUCCACAACCUAUGGUAGAUUAUGAGGUAAGAAAUGGAUCACAAUUUUUGCCAUGUCCAGAAUAUAAUCAAGAAAUUUAUAGUCAACAGGGAAAUAUCCCACAAGAUCAACAUCAAAAAUUCUGGUGA